UUUCAAGGAAAACACAAGAAACCUGCGACAAAUCUGGCGUUUAUGGUCUAAAAACAUUGCCUUCAAAGAUCGGUACAUAACGGUUAACUCACAUGAAUAUAUAAUGCAUUUACAAUACUUUUGGGAAAAAUGCAAGGAAAAACUUGAAAUUGAAAUACCAUUGUCAUGGAGUAUGGCACAGCUCAAGUAUCUUUUACCGAAGAUGGCAUAUCGGAGGACUGCCAAACAGCUGACUACGGCGGAUUCAGGCACCCACAUUUCUCCAUGGGCGACAAACAACUUACCAUUGUACACUUCAACGAUGUGUACAAUGUCGAGUCAUCGAAUCAGGAACCGGUUGGCGGUGCCGCCCGGUUUGUGACAGCUGUAGAAAAGUUCCGACAUCUGAACCCGAUGGUCGUCUUCAGUGGAGACAUAUUCAGUCCCAGUCUCCUGAGCACGUUUGCUCGGGGCGACCAUAUGAUUCCUGUUCUAAAUCGCCUUGAAGUGCACGUAGCAGUGUAUGGGAAUCACGACUUCGAUUUCGGUCUGGACUCGUGCAUGGCUCUGACGGCGGAGACGUCGUUUCCCUGGCUGCUCUCCAACGUUCGGAACAUGGAGACGCAGCGGCCCCUGGCUGAGGGACGCAUCACCUACGUCACGCGCUGGAACGGCAUCAAACUCGGCUUCAUGGGUCUGGUGGAAUACGAAUGGCUGGAGACCCUGUCUACCAUCAAUCCUGACGAAGUACAAUACAUAGACUAUGUGGAGAUGGGUAACAAGCUGGCUGCGAAACUACGGAGUGAGGGCUGUGAGCUGGUGAUCGCUCUAACUCAUAUGCGGACCUUCAACGACCUGCGGCUGCUGAGAGAGUCAGAAGGCAUCGACCUGAUCCUGGGCGGCCACGAUCACGACUACGAAAUUCAUACGGCGCCAGACUCGAAGUGCGCUCUGAUCAAGUCGGGUACCGAUUUUCGGGAGUUCUCUGUACUGGAGCUGACCCACCUGCCGAGAGGCGGGUGGACCCACACCGUUCAGCGGAUAGAGGUCACCGCACAGUACGAGGAGGACGCCAAACUCAAGGAGGAUCUGCAGCCCUUCAUCGACAUGUCGGAGACGAAGCUAGAGGAUGUUGUCGGCCAUUUUGAAGUCGACUUGGAGGGUCGCUUCAGCAAGGUUCGCUCAGAGGAAACGAACCUGGGCAAUUUCUGUGCGGACGUCAUUCUCGCUGCCAUGAAUGCCGACUGCGUCAUCCUCAACUCGGGCACCCUGCGGAGUGACCGGGUCCACCCAGCUGGUGACUUCACCAUGCGAGAUCUGGUCACCAUAGCUCCAUUCAUGGAUGGCCUCUGCCUGCUGCACGUCACAGGCGCCGUGCUGUGUGAGGCGGUGGAGAACUCUGUCUCCAUGUACCCCCGGCUGGCGGGCAGGUUCCCCCAGGUGUCCGGCAUGUCCUUUGUCUUUGACCCGGACAAGCCGCCCGGACAGCGGGUGGAUCCCAGGCUUGUGAAGGUGGGCGACAUGUUCAUACAGCCGGAUCAGCUGUACAAGGUGGCCACCAAGGAGUACAUGCACCAGGGCAGGGACGGGUUCACCUGCUUCGUCGACGCCAAAGUGCUGCAAGACGAGGAGCAGAGUCCGCAGCUGCGAACGGCAAUAGUGAACCAUUUCGACUCGAUCAAUCGCCUGCGGGGCUACUGCGGCCCGCAGGCAGCGCUAAGCGCCCACCGCCAGUCCAUAGUCUCCAUUUCACGGAGGAACAGCCGUCUGCGCAGUUCGAUGGAGGUUUCUGGGUUCGUCGGCCCGAGUCGACUCUCUCCCGACGCAACAGCGUCCAGUUCAGCUCCCUGCCGCCCGAGACACCGAUGCAGCGGAGGAGUUCGAUCCACUCUGCCAGCGUGCUGAGCACCCACGCCAUCAUGGAGCGACUGUACAGCGUUAGCGAUGACGAUCAG